AUGAAUGUUAUUCAUGUUGCAAGCGAAAAAGGAAAUCUCAAACUUGUUAAAUCUCUCAUACUCGGUGGUUGUGAUAAAGAACCCAAGAGCAAAUAUGGAAAUACUCCACUCAUUUGGGCAUCAAUAGGAGGUCAUCUUGAAGUUGUUAAAUAUCUUAUCUCUGUUGGAGCUGAUAAAGAAGCAAAGGAUAGCUAUAAAUAUAUUCCACUCAUUAUAGCAUCAGAAAGAGGAAAUCUUGAAGUUGUUAAAUAUCUUAUUUCUGUUGGAGCUGAUAAAGAAACAAAAAGUAAAAGUGGAUGGACUUCACUCAUUUUUGUAUCAGAAAAAGGUCAUCUUGAAGUUGUUAAAUAUCUUAUCUCUGUUGGAGCUGAUAAAGAAGCAAAGGAUGAUGAUGGAUAUACUCCACUCAUUUGGGCAUCAAUAGGAGGUCAUCUUGGAGUUGUUCAAUAUCUUAUCUCAGUUGGUGCUAAUAAAGAAGCAAAGAAUAAUUAUGGAGAAACUGCACUCGAUCGUGCAAAAGGCAAGGCAAAGGAUUAUCUGAAAUCUGCAUGA